AAAAAAUGAGUUUUAAUGACGCCAACCUAAAUGUAUGUAAACUUCCGACUUCAACUGUAGCCUAUAUGCUGUUCAUAUUGCAUUUAUCUCCUGGGUAUUUAGUGGUACAAAGCUCCUCUAUGUUGAGUUGCAAGGCCAAAUGUUUAUUUGUCAUGGUUACUAAGCUGCCAACAAAACUGGGUGUGUGUCUAGUUCAAAGGAAAGAAACCUGUUCCGACAUGAAUAGUGGUUGAAAAAUUUGUUUUAAUGACGCCAACCUAAGUGAAUAUAAACUUCCGUCUUCAACUGUAUGUUGAAGUAUGCACAACAGAGAAUUCUUAAAUGUUUUUACAAUAAUGGAUGCGUCUCUGUUGGGGGCUAUAAACAAAAUUCUUUUUUAUGAUCAAAAUAUAAUGGGGUUGGAUCUUGAUUUACAGCAAAAACUGAGAAGAGAAGUCAUACAGGAAACACUACCUUUUAAGGAAUGGAAUGGAGCGUCAUGGAACCUGUUAGAGGGUGCAGUCAAGGUGUGAGAAAAAGAAGAAAAGUACAGUAGAUGGCGUAGAUCUGUGUUCAUUCAUUCUUCAAGACACUUUGUAAGACACCAGUGCCCAUACUGCUGCCGAUUCAUUGAAGGACUUGAAUUUUAUACUGGUUAAAUACAGUGAACCCUGUCAUGAGCUGGAAAUCCUGGGUCGCUCAAAGAUGUUUUGUUUCUCUCCUCAUCAUCAAGGCAUCAUAUUCUGUUGAAUUUGAGAUCAGUGUUCCUCGUGAGCCUCAACUUGCCAUCGUGGGGCAGUAUGUGGUCCUAGACUGCAGCUUCCCAGUGGGAAAGGCCUGGGACCUGGACAACAGUGUGAUUACAUGGCAGAGAGAACAGGAGGUGAUACACAGUUUCUACCACGGACAGGACCAACUGGACAGACAGAGCAGUCACUAUACCAACAGAACCAGCCUGUACCACUCUGAGAUGGAGAGGGGUAAUGCCUCUCUCAGGCUGGACCGUACCAACCUAGGGGACAAAGGAGACUAUACCUGUUCCGUGAGCACACAGCUGGGCAGUGAGACAAAAACCUUUGUCCUGAAAUUAGCAGCAUACUACCCUGAGCCACACCUGAAGUUCACAGCAUCUCCAAGAGAUGUGGAGCUACUCUUGACCUCACAGGGAGGGUACCCGCGACCCUCAGUGCAUUGGCUGGAUGACAGCGGUGAUGAUGUCACCAAUAACACAGUCACAAACAUCUCAGAGGACACACAGGGACUAUACACUGUGUCCAGUACACUAAAUCUACAGGGACAAGUCAACGAGACCAUCACCUUCGUCUUAAAGAACAAGGACCUGGGACAGGAGAUCAGGAGAGAGAUCACACUCCACUUAGCAAAUGAGAGGUCGUCAGUGGAAAAAGGCAGAAUUUCUGGAGACAACAAGAAGAGAUGGACAAUUCUUGUUCCUAUAGUGACAUUUGUACUGCUGUUGUUUGUACUAUUAAUGCCAGCACUGAGAAAAACAUGCCAUGGCCAUCACAGAAACCAUCACCUGUCUACCAAACACCAUCAGGCAUUACAAAUGCCUGUUAAUGUACUUUAUAACAGAGAAAAAGACAAGACAUGUAGGAAUAUAUAAUGAAUGGAUCUAUGGCGUCAAUAUGAUUCUUGCCAGUGUUUGCAAUACAGCCCGUAGUAUCUUUCCAAGGAGUUACUGCCAUAGUACUUUAUAGUUUACCAUGUAAAUGUGGGUGCUACAUAGUUUCUUUUCAAACACAGACAUGUUUGCCAAUUUAUUUAUUCAGAGAAAGAGACAAAAAGCUGAAUAAUACAUAUUUAUUUAAAUGUAUGGAUUAAGUGCAUCACAACCUUUACUGCGUCUCAGUAAAGGUUGUUAAAGACGCAGUAAAAGUUGUUAAAACUGAAUUCUUAUAGUGAAUAGAUGUACAAUAUAUCCAGUUAAAAGGUACAGUGUUUGUAUUUUACUUAACCUUUAUUUAACUAAGCAAGUCAGUUAAGAACAAAUUCUUCUUUACAAUGACGGCCUACCUUGACCAAACCCUAACCCAGACGACGCUGGGCCAAUUGUGCCCUAUGGGACUCCCAAUCACAGCCAGUUGUGAUACAGCCUGGAAUUGAACCAGGGUCUGUAGUGACGCCUCUAGCACUGAGAUGCAGGGCCUUAGACCGCUUCGCCACUCGGAAGCCCCUGUAUGACUCACUCACAUUUCAGACCAACCGUCUCUUCAUGUCAUGUUAAUGGAAUGUGACAACGGUUAUGCAUAGCCUACUGUACCUGUAUAGUACACACAUAGUCAUUUUAUUAUGGCCCUUAUGAAGCACUUAGUGGGGAUAUUGUGGUGACCACAUAUCUACACGUGGUUUUUUAUCCCAUCAUAAGUGUUGUGGUUGAAACAAUGUUGCACUUUAACACACAUUAAGCUAGUCAUAGGAUGUACAAGCAAAUAUUGAGGCCAAUUGUCUGACUGGGAAAAUAAUGGUAUCUAUUGAUGACUGUAGAGGCAGUUAGUUACCUUAUCAACAUACCAAGGACAAGGAAAUUACUGUUGUAAGUUUAGCUAAACAUACUUUGCUUCUUUCAUAGAUGUUAGUUCAGAAAGUAUUAUUUAUCAGGGAAAUGUCCUAACCAAAUCCAUUUAUCUUAAAAAUUUAA